AUGGCGGCUCUGACUACCGUGGUGGUGGCGGCGGCGGCCACAGCAGUCGCCGGGGCGGUGGCGGGGGCGGGCGCGGCUGCGGGGACCGGCGUGGGAGCGGCGCCGACGCCGCAACAGGUAACGGCGGAGGCUCCGGCCUUGCUCGGGGCGGGCCUGCGUUUGAAGGCGCUCGGAGCCACGGCUGUACCGCGCUCGAGUGAUGGCGGCUUUAGUGCUUCAGGUGGAAUUCGUCCUCUUCAGCUUCAGAACUGGAAACAGAAAGUUAGUCGGACAAAGAAAACAGAAUUCAUUCGUACAGCAGAAAAAUUAAAAAACCAAGUUAUUGUCAUAGAAAAAGAUAAACACAAUCAUUUCUACAACCAAAGAGGCGACUUCAGAACUGAGUAUAGUAUGCUGGAAGAACUGGAAAACAAACUGAUCAACAGCAGGAAGACAGAAAGAGCAAAAAUCCAGCAACAGUUGGCCAAGAUUCAUAACAACGUAAAGAAACUUCAGAACCAGCUGAAAGAUGUGAAGCCCACACCUGACUUUGUCGAGAAGCUCAGAGAAAUGAUGGAAGAAAUUGAAAAUGCAAUCAAUACUUUUAAAGAAGAACAGAGACUAAUAUAUGAAGAGCUUAUUCAGGAAGAGAGAACAACCAAUAAUGAGCUGAGCGCCGUCUCCAGGAGGAUUGAGUCCUGGGCGCUGGGUAAUUCGGAAACUGAGAAAGCUUUCAGAGCUAUCUCCAGCAAAGUUCCCGUAGACAGAGUGACACCGAGGACGCUUCCAGAACAAGUGGUAGAGUUUGAAAAAUUCCUCCAGCAAACAGGAGGGCGACAGGGAGGCUGGGAUGACUUGGACCACCAGAACUUUGUGAAAGUGAGGAACAAACAUAAGGGGAAGCCGGCCUUUAUGAAGGAGGUUGUAGAACACCUUCCAGGAAGAACACUGGAUGAAGUUCAGCAACAUGAGAAGUGGUACCAAAAAUUCCUGGCUCUAGAAGAAAAAAAAAAAGAGUCUAUUCAAAAUUGGAAAACUAAAAAGCAGCAAAAGAAGGAGGAAAUACUCAAAUUAAAAGAAAAGGUAGAUGCCACGCCUCUGCCUCCUCAGAGCAAACCAGAAGAUAAUCCAAAGCAGAAAGAGGAACAGAGAAAGAAGCAGAAACUGGCAGUGGAAGCUUGGAAAAAGCAGAAAAGUCUAGAGAUGUCAGCGAAGCUUGCUUCCCAGCUCAGAGAGGAGGAAGAGAAGGAGAGGAAGCAGCAGAGAGAGCGGCAGCGGCAGUCCAAGCUGAAGCUGCUCCUGGAGAGCUACACACAGCAGAAGAGGGAGCAGGACGAGUUCCUGAGGCUUCAGAAGGAGAUAAAGGAAAAGACAGAAAAGGCAGAGAAGAGGAGGACUGCUGCGGAUGAGAUUUCCAGGUUUCAAGAAAGAGAUUUACAUAAACUCGAAUUGAAAAUUCUAGAUAGACAGGCAAAAGAAGAAGAGAAGGCAGAAAAACAAAGGCGACUGACAAAAUUAAAAGAAAAGGUUGAAAAUAAUGUCAAUAGAGAUCCUUCUAGGCUUUAUAAACCUACCAAAGGCUGGGAAGAACGAACCAAAAAGAUAGGUCCGUCAGGCUCUGGGCCACUUCUCCAUAUCCCACACAGGGCCAUUCCUUCCUGGCGACAAGGAAUCUAGAGGAACUAUGAGAUAUUACAGUUGCUUGAUAAGAAUGUUAGUUUAUUGGUAUUUCAGGAGAAGGUGAUUAACUAUGCUAUUUAAAUAUCACUAACUUAGUCAGGUUGGUUAUUGUGCUGUGUAUGCAUCGAGAGGUUUAAGUGUCUUAAAGCAUUGUCAGUAUUUUGUUUCUACGAAGAUGGUAUUGUAUUACAAACAUUAUUCCAUUUAAAUACUCAAUAUUUAAAAGAUGUUUUUAUCAUGGCUUAGUGAUGUAAUUUGGGAGAAUCAGUCUUUUUUAAGCCAAAAUUUUGUUACUUUUAUAACUUGCAAGUAACUAAGCUUGAGUAACAAAAACCUAAGGUGUCUUUUUUUUUAUUUUUAAGAGUUGUUCAUUCUAAGUUUAACAAAAUGGUAGUUGUUUAUUGUUUCAUUUUUGUGUAAUGGCUAUUUGUAUUUGAUUAAAGCAUGCUUUGUUUUAUAUGAAGACUAUUUUAAAUAACCUCCCUUCCUACAUGUUCCUAUUUCAUAUAUUAUGCUGGCAUUCUUGGGAUUUCCUGCAACUAUGUCAAAUUUCCUUUCAACCGUUUUGGACUCUACAGAUUUAUAAAAUCUUUGUGUCUUUGUACCUUAUUGGCUGGUACCAUUUUUCUUAUGCUUGCCCUUAAGUAGGAACAUUCUUUCUUUUGAAGUAAGCUAGUAUUAAACAAUUUACUGAUGUUCUCAGACUGAAAAGUAGAAAACUUCAUGUAUGAAAGCAGAACUCAAGUCAGCUUUCCAUAUAGAGCGUUUUAUGUCAUCCGAACUUUAAUAGAUUUCAAUUCACCAGGAAAGUGUUGUAUACAUAAAAUACAGGACAUUUACUUAUCACAAAUUUUAUCUUUAAAUUUCUUUAAUUAUAAGUUGAGACAUAUAGUCUGAAUGGUUGCUGUUUUGUAAGAAAUUGAUUUUCUACAAUUAAGAGUACACCAAAAUUUGGUUGGCUUUUGAAGAAUCUAGUUUCGACCUAGUCUUUGGUGGAAUCCUUUCUCAUGAGUGCCUUGUGAACUUAAAGGGGAUAGUAUAUGACCAAGGCAACUUAAAUUCUAUUUUUGUAUGAAUAAAGUUU